AUGUCGGAUAGAAGAACCCUUCUCCUCAUCGGCUCCGGCCCUGGUAUCGGUGUCGCUGUUGCAUCCCUCUUUGCCCAGCGGUAUUUCAAUAACGUUGCUCUCCUCGCGCGAAACCCCGUCCAGUUGGAGAAAGACCGAGAGACCAUACUCGAUUCCGCAGAGAGGGUCAAGCGCGUUGUCACCGUGCGGACCUGGCAGGUCGACAUUACCGAUCUGCGCCGUCUGGAAGAGGCACUCGCCCAGGUCGACCAAUUCGGGGAAUUGGAAUGCGUGUAUUUCAACGCGGCGCGGGUAGCGCCCAGCCCCUUCUUUGAGUUUCCGGUUUCGGGUCUUGAGGAGGAUUUCAGAGUGUCUAAUCUCGCUCUUUAUGCGGUAGCAAAAUGGGCGAUGCCGCUUUUAUGUGCGAAAGCAAGGACCGGGACUGAUUGCCGACCGACCUUCCUCGUCACGAAUAGCUUGCUCCCUGUCGAUCCUAUUCCGGAGCUCUUCUCGCUAUCCAUGGUUAAAGCCGCUCAGGCUAAUCUGGUCAAGUCGUUGGACAAAGCAUUCGCCCCGCAGGGUGUGCAUGUUGGCUUGGUGGUGGUGGGCGGGGUUGUCUCUUCAUCAGCACCAGCACUGAAUCCAAGGAACAUUGCUGAUCAGGCUUGGAAUUUAUUCGCACAGAAAAGAGAGCAUUGGACAGGACAGGUGACGAUCCUGGAGGAUGGGCGCGUAGAUUGGGAGCCUUCCAUUUGA